AUGGACCCACAACGAAAGAAAGAGGCUGGGCCAGUAGCACCAAGCAGUAUUAAAGCAGCACGAAAGAGUUUUGCUGUUACAAAUACUUAUGUAAAAAAUGUUACACCUCAGAAGGAAAUUAUCACAGUUCAUACUAGUUCACCGCAAAUUGAACAUAGAUCAUUUCACAGUGAACAAAACCAAAUAUACCAAGGUGAUGUGAAUGUACUUUCUAUAAUCGAUACAAAUAAGGAUAUUGUGUGCUGCAAAUAUACUGAAGACACAAAAGAUAUUGCAACUGGUUUUAUUGACGGAACGGUCAGGUUAUUUGAUUGCAAUACUGGAAACUGCACACACACACUUGUAGACGAUGAAUGUCGUGCAUAUCCUGGCCCAGUCACGGCGAUCAAACAUAGACCCGUUAGUAAGGCGCAUCCUAUCACGAACAUGCUAUUGUCAUCUUAUGUUAACGGUUGCAUAAAAUGUUGGAAGUAUAAAUACGAUCAAUGUAUUUAUACCAUACGAGAGAAGCGCCAGACUUUAGGUUUAUGUUACCAUCCACGAUUUAGUAAGUUUGUUACGUAUGGAGAUGAUGCAAAACUUAAUAUGUACGAUGAAGAAGCACAAACGCAGGAAAGAACAUUCUAUUCAAGUCAACGAAAAAAUAUCAUUGAUGGGCAUACGUCUAGAAUUUUCGCAUGUGCAUUUAACCCUAAGUCGCACCACGAGCUCAUAUCAGGCGGCUGGGAUGACACGGUGAUUUGCUGGGACGAUCGUCAACCCUUCGCGACCAAACAUUUCCUCGGAGUUCACAUGUGUGGUGAAGGUCUGGACUUCGAUAAACCUGGGAAGCAGAUUCUUACCUGCUCGUGGCAAGAAAGAGACACAAUUCAAAUUUGGGACUACGGCUCUUGUAAACUAAUAGAAACUAUCGUUCCCGACACCCAUCAAUCGAAGCUAUAUUGUGGAAAGUUGGUUCCUCAAACCAACUUGGCUGUAUGUGGUGGUUCCGAUUCGAACACGUUGCGAGUUGUUGACAUUAAUAUGAAGAUUACGGAAUGCUCAAUUAGAAACAAUCCAGGUGCAAUAUAUGCAUUUGAUUUCGGAACAGUAAGAAGGAAAAUGAGUAAAGUUCCCGAUACAUAUAAGAAAAUAAGCGAAAUUCAAAACAUACCUAGAGUAGCAUUCGUCACUGGCAAAAGAUUACAGAUUGUAGAUUUUGGAUAA